AUGGCAUUUGCACAGAAUCCGAUAUUGCGCGAAGAAUCCGAUGUUCACCUGCAUCAAGACCCUCCCACGGCUCCCUACCCCCACAUGCUACUGUAUUUUCCAUGCAUGCGGACUGCAGAGACUCUGCAAGUCGCUUGUGUUGCAUGCAUGCCUGAGAACUGA